ACUUUCUCAAUGGAUGACUACACUAUGUUUGCAUCCGGUUAUGGUUGUGUUGAAAACAACUUGUUCUCUUUCCUCGUUUCUAGGCUCGAAAAUUCUUAUGCGUUGAGCGACUCCUUUCGUCCAGCGCGAGCCCUGACUCUUGCACUGUAUGACAGUCGUCGCCUGCCGGACUUCCCACACACUCGGGCAUCUAGCUCUUUCUCUGCUGUCGUACAAUUGUAUGCCCCAUCAUCACAACUUGAUACCGCAGAGGUGCGGCAUGGGCGUUAUCAUGAUACGCCGCCCUGGUGUCAUUUCGGUUGUGAUGCCUUUAAGAGCGUUCACCAUAUUUUUGCUCGCUGCCCGGCCUUCUUGGCUAUCCGUCGCGCGCAUGGCAUGCAGCUGUGUGAUGAGACCUCCUCCUGGCUUGAGGGCAAGGCUGCCGAUCGUGUGCGAGAGGUCUUGGAACGAGCGGCUCAGUGCCUGUGUUCUGACGACGCGGGGCUUUGGCCACAA